UCUAUCAAAGUUCUGUUCCGUUUUGGGGAGGGUGGUACUUUGUAAACAUGUGAGUGGCUGCACUUUUGAAAAGGCCUCUCGAUUUUUGAUUUUUUGAACUUUGUUUUGAGACAAGAAUUGGAGAAUAGGCUUCAAGACUGUUGAAAAAAAUUAAUGUCUUGUGACUCCAUUUUCAAGGCAUUAUUUGCAAAUUUUCAAAUGGAAUGUAUGGAGUUGCAAUCCAAAGUUCAACUCAAAAAUCCAACUCUCUUUACCAGACUUCCAUAAGCCUUAUCUUAGCAGAGAUAAAUAUCCCCUGCUUCACAGUCAUGCCUCAUUCAUGUUGGCAUUUUUCACAGUACUUAGAUUUGUGAAAAACUGUUUUCAAGGACAAGGCAUGGGAAGAGUAAAAUUUCAUCACAAAUCUGACAAACGCCUUGAGAGCUCACUAAGAAUUGCAGCCAUUGCCAAUGAACCAGGGGGAUACGUUUCACAAAAACAGGGUCACGUACCUCACUAUUUUUGUUGUUAUUGCUCACUUUAUGUUUUGGUAAGAAAUAUUUUAAAAUAAUUAUUGAUGUACAAGUACUUAUAUUUUGUAUGCAGCCCAAGAUAAUUCCUGUUCACUCAAUGUGGACCUGGCAACCACAAAGUUAAGACACCCUUAGGUUAUUUUGUAAUACCAGAGAGAAUUCUUAAUUUCUAGAAGAACAUCUGAAGAUCACAAUAUGGAAUUACAGAAUGACUCGGGUUGGAAGGGACCUCAAGGAUCACCAGUGUCAUCCCAACUGCUAUGUGCAGACACCACCCAUCUGAUCAGGUUGCCCAGGGCCCUGUCUAGCUUCCUUGAAUACCUCCAUGGAUGGAGCAUCCACAGCUUCUCUGGGCAGCUGUUCCUCUGCCUCACUGCCCUCUGACCAAAGAAUUUCUUCUUAGCGUCUAAACAUUUUUUGUUUAAAUCUGCUCACCCUUAACUAUCACCAUCUGCCUGCGUAAAAAGUCUCUUCUGUUCAUAAUCUCCUCUCAAGUACAGGAAGGCUGUGAUUGUUUCCUCCCAGCUUUCUCUUCUCCAGGCUGAGCAAGGAGACCUUGCUUCCCCAGCCUGUCCUCAGAUUGGAGCAAACGCUCCAAUCACGCCUCCCUUUCGUUGAGGGGAGCACGCAAAGACAAGAGGCUAAAAAAAACCCUGUAAACACCACACCUAAGUUACAGUUCACUCCUUGCAAUUCCAGGAGGUGCACACAGCUCAAACUACUCCUCCCUUUCUUUGGGGGGAGCACAAAAAAAGUGAAGCUAAAGCAACACUUUCUAGGUUUCAGUAGAGUAAAUAAAACUUCUCGGAGAGGCACACACGUUUAAGUCACAAAAUACCACUUCCUCACUUCCCCAAGAGGCGCACACACACACACACACGCACAAAAGGUUCAAGUUUCGCACUUCAGUUACCAAAUAACCAUAGAGGUCUUCCCGAGGAGGCACACACGUAUUAAACAAAAUGCAAAUAGUCAAAAUACGUCCCCGAGAGGUACACACAUAAAAGGUAAAGUUUCAGAAUAUGGAGCGGCCUUCCUGGAGGACUCACGUCUAAAUUUUCAAAACUAUCGCUCCUUGCAACUCCAGGAGGUGCACACAGAAAAAAGUUUCAAACUAUACCUGGAAGGACAGCACUCUCACAGCGGGUAUCCUGCACACUGCGCCAAUAAUAAAAUGUCUCGCUCCAAUUUAUAGGAGGGAGAUGAGGUUCUUUUAAUAUCCGUAUACCCAGCGUGAGAUUAAGAAACAACGGUUCACAUGUUGGUCCGACCAGUUUACUACAAAACCUAAGCAGGGAGACGGGGAACGGAAGGAGGGUGAUAGAAAAGAUGGGAAAGAAGCAGGAGUUGUGUAAAGUGGGGAGAGUCACCAUCAGGAUCCAGCAGCCGUCCCGUUGCACGGCGUUUGAAGGUCCCAGGCAGACGCAGCGGGGGGCGGGGAGCAGCAGCAGCGUGGCCGGCCUUGGGCAGCAAGCAGGUAGUGAAGGAAGUCGCGGAGCCAAUCCUUGAAGCUGCAGCAGCGCUCAGGCAGCAGGCACAGGAGAGUUUGACAGCAUGAAGGAGUCACCUCACGAGGAAUCUGAUGGUCAGGAAUCCUUGAUCUUCUUCGUGAGGAAUCAUAUUGUCAGAAACCUCCGUUCUUCAUGAGGAAUCUGCUGCCAGAAAACCUAUCCUCAUGGUUUUCAGUUCCUCUUUUGUCCUCCUUGCUCUCCUGCCUACGUGACAAGGAUGGGCCUUGAGCAAGAGUCAUUGAGUACCCCCUGAGAUGGCCAUCAUCCUGAGAUCGGUCCACACAAAGGAGCACUUCACAGCUGUUUAGCUGCAGCUCAUUUCGCUCUCGUUGCCCCUGGCCUUGUCCAUCAGCAUCCCCCAGACAAAGGAUCUCACAACCUUUGUUCAGCACUUGUUCAUCUGUGUCCUUCAGACAAAGAAUUUCACAAUCCUUGUUCGGGACUUGAACAAGUCCAUCUGUGCCCCCAGCAAGCUUUGAGACACAGACGUUAACAGAAUAAUACCUUACAAAAUAGACUUAAUGCUUGCUUUUACUGUGGAUAAUUUUCUGAAAGUAAAUUAGUUGAAUCUCUGUACCUUGACAGUGCUUAUGAGUGGGUGUGAUGUUAUCUUACACAACGUAGUCUAAUGAAAAAUUAGUACAGGGUGUUUAGAUAAUGUGCAUGGAAAUCACCUGUCUGUAUUUGCUGUCUUUUAUUCCUAAGUGUUUCUCUUCUUUUUUUAAAUGCUGUCAGAUUUUCAUGGAUCUCAACAGUGCAAGCAGUGUUGUUUUGCAAGUCUUGACCCAAGCUACUAGUCAAGAUACUGCACUGCUGAAGCCAGCUGAGGAACAACUGAAGCAGUGGGAGACACAGCCAGGCUUUUACUCUGUCUUGUUGAACAUCUUUACAAAUCAUGCCCUGGAUGUGAAUGUCAGAUGGUUAGCUGUGUUGUAUUUUAAAAAUGGAAUUGAUCGCUACUGGAGACGAGUUGCGCCACAUGCUCUUUCUGAAGAAGAAAAAACAACAUUGCGUGCUGGACUUAUUGCCAACUUUAAUGAACCAGUGAAUCAGAUAGCAACUCAGAUCUCUGUACUGAUUGCUAAAGUUGCCAGGGUGGACUGCCCAAGGCAAUGGCCAGAACUUAUACCCACACUUCUAGAAUCUGUGAAAGUCCAAGAUGAUCUUCGACAGCACAGAGCAUUACUUACAUUUUAUCAUGUUACGAAGACCCUGGCAUCCAAGCGACUUGCUGCAGACAGGAAACUUUUCUAUGAUCUUGCAUCUGGAAUCUAUAGCUUUGCAUGUUCCUUGUGGAAUCAUCAUACAGAUACUUUCCUACAACAGGCUUGCACAGGGAACGAAGCUGCUGCCUCAAAUUCAUUAGAAAGAACCUUGUUGUCAUUGAAAGUGCUUCGUAAACUAACAGUCCAUGGAUUUGUAGAACCUCAUCGAAGUGUAGAGGUGAUGGGUUUUCUACAUGCACUGUUCGAACGGCUAAAACAGUUUCUGGAAUGUAGUAGAAAUAUACGGACAGGAAAUGUAUGCAGAGAUCGUCUAGAGAAGACUAUAAUUCUGUUCACUAAAGUGCUUUUGGACUUCCUGGAUCAACAUCCUUUUUCAUUUACACCUUUAAUUCAGAGGUCAUUGGAGUUUGCUGUGAGCUAUGUUUUCACAGAGGCUGGUGAAGGAGUUGUGUUUGAGCGCUUUAUUGUACAGUGCAUGAAUCUCAUCAAGAUGAUUGUAAAAAACUAUGCUUACAAGCCAUCCAAAUAUAUUGAAGAUAGCAGUCCUGAAACUCUUGAAGCACAUAAGAUAAAGACAGCGUUUUUCACAUAUCCAACACUAAUGGAGAUAUGUAGGAGACUAGUCACUCACUAUUUUCUGCUGACAGAGGAAGAAUUAACAAUGUGGGAAGAAGACCCAGAAGGCUUCACUGUAGAAGAGACAGGAGGAGACUCUUGGAAGUACAGUCUCAGACCAUGUACGGAAGUUCUUUUUAUUGAUAUUUUCCAUGAAUAUAAUCAGACUCUUACUCCUGUACUUUUAGAAAUGGUUCACAGUCUGCAAGGAACUACCAACUUGGAAGAUACCAGUGCUAUACUGAUUAAAGAUGCUGUGUAUAAUGCGGUUGGACUGGCUGCUUAUGAACUAUUUGAUAGUGUGGAUUUCGAUCAGUGGUUUAAAAAUCAACUGCUAGCAGAACUUCAGGUUUCUCAUAACAGGUAUAAACCAAUACGCCGACGAGUAAUUUGGCUGAUUGGACAGUGGAUUUCAGUAAAAUUCAAGUCAGACUUGAGGCCUAUGUUAUAUGAGGCAAUUCGUAAUUUGCUUCAAGACCAAGACUUAGUGGUCCGUAUUGAAACAGCUACAACGCUGAAGUUAACCGUAGAUGACUUUGAAUUCAGAACUGAGCAGUUCUUACCGUAUUUGGAAUCCAUGUUUACAUUGCUCUUUCAACUUCUUCAGGAAGUAACAGAAUGUGACACGAAAAUGCAUGUUCUUCAUGUUUUGUCUUGUGUGAAUGAAAGAGUCAAUGUACAGAUACGACCGUAUGUAGGAUGUUUGGUUCAGUAUUUACCUCUCCUUUGGAAACAGAGUGAGGAGCACAAUAUGUUACGGUGUGCCAUUCUUACUACCUUAAUCCAUCUUGUUCAGGGCCUGGGAGCAGAAAGCAAAAAUCUCUAUCCUUUUCUACUUCCAAUUAUUCAGUUAAGUACUGAUGUUUCCCAGCCUCCGCAUGUCUAUCUUCUGGAAGAUGGUUUAGAGUUGUGGUUAGUGACAUUGGAGAAUAGCCCAUGUCUUACACCUGAGCUACUGAGAAUAUUUCAGAACAUGUCUGCCCUUCUUGAGCUGAGUUCAGAAAACCUCAAGAAUUGCUUCAAGAUCAUCAAUGCCUAUGUUUUCUUGUCAUCAACAGAGUUUUUACAGACAUAUGCUGUCGACUUGUGUCGAUCGUUUUGUGAACUCUUAAAGGACAUAACUACUGAAGGUCAAGUUCAAGCUUUGAAGGUUGUGGAAAAUGUCCUAAAAGUAAAUCCUGUUUUGGGUCCUCAAAUGUUUCAGCCUCUUCUACCAUCAGUAUUCAGGGGGAUUAUAGAUGGGGAGAGAUACCCAAUGCUGAUGUCUACUUAUCUGGGGGUCAUGGGUAGAGUUCUUCUACAAAAUACAAGUUUUUUUUCAUUACUUUUGAACCAGAUGGCAUGUGAAUCAGGCCAGGAGUUGGACCAAAUUCUUGGUAGCAUGAUUGAGAUGUGGGUUGAUCGGAUGGAUAACAUCACUCAGCCAGAGAGAAGAAAACUUUCUGCUUUGGCACUGAUUUCACUUCUGCCUUCUUUGAAUAGUGUUAUCCAAGAUAAAUUUUGUGGUAUCAUUCACGUUACAUUGGAGGGUCUGUAUGAUGUUAUGACUGAAGAUCCUGAAACAGGAACUUACAAAGACUGCCUGCUGCUGUCUCAUUUUGAAGAGCCCAAAGUUACAGAAGAUGAGGAACCUCCCACAGAACAAGACAAAAGGAAAAAAUUGCUUGCCCUAAAGGACCCUGUACACACUGUGUCAUUGCAACAGUUUGUCUAUCAGAAGCUAAAGGCACAACAGGAAUUGCUGGGUGAGCAAGGCUUCCAUGCGCUUAUGGAAACCGUGGAUACAGAAGUAGUUGCACAGCUGCAAGAAUUUUUACAAGGCUUCUAAACAAAAUAAAAUAAAAAACAAGAUUUUCUAUGUUCAAUUUAACUUCCAGAAAAACAGAAAAAUAUUCCAGCCAUCUCUUGUAUGAAAGACCCUACUGAAAGCUGAAAAUAGUUUGUGUUUAAAACAGAAUGAAUUCUUUUCUUUCUCUACUGUAAGAUUGAUAGAAUAAAUGUAAGUUGGCUUCUGA